GAACGUUGUGCAGAUGUAAAUACCCAAAAAUAGAAAUGUUAUUGCUGAAUUAAUUAAUCCAAAUUUAGAGCUGAAGUCAAGCCCUUUUAAGCCUAAUCCUAAUGUAAAACUAUAUUCAUUAGCAGUCGUCAUAAAUAUUCUUAACAGAUCACUAUAAAGGAAUUCCCUAAUCGUAAUUAAUGCCCAUUAAAAAGUAAAAUGCUUGAACUUUGCUUAAAGUUUAAGAAAAUACAAUUGAAUAUUUGAAGUAGAAUCAUUUUAUAUUAAUAAUUCAUCUUUAGAUGCAAGUAAUUUAAUAGCUAUUAUAUUGGCUACAAUAUAAAAUGCAAGGCCAAUAAUGAACAAAGAGAAAAUGGAUGCAAAAUUAAGAAUGAAGCAUGAGUACAUACCUUGACUUCUAAUUUUGAAUGGAACUGUAAU